AUGGCGCCGUGUCCGCCAGGCCCGGCUCAUCACCGUGGCCGCCCCCGGCCGCUCCGGUUUCGCCCGCCUCCAGCUCCGGCUCCGGCUCCGGCCCCGGCCCCCCCCAGCGCCCGGCCCCGGCCCGUCCCCGCCGCCGCCGCCGCCGCUGACAUCAUCGGCUCCCCCCGCCCCGGUCCUACCCCCACCCCCACCCCCGGAAACAGUACCCCCCCAGCGCCGCCGCCGCUGCCGCUGAGAGGAGGCCGGCGCAGCGCAGCCGGCACAGACACCAGGCUCCUGGCUCGGGCUUGGGGCGCCAGCGCGCCCGACGGCCUGCGCUCGGACCGAUCCUGGGAAGGGGCCGGGGCCACGCAAGGCCGCCGGACGAGUGGGCACCAAACCGGGCUGCGGGCCUGA